AUGGACAAAAUCAAGUCACCCAAGGAGGAACCUCAAGAGAAGAUAGAGUCCCAACCUACAACUGUUGAAGAGUACCAGAAGAAAUGGGAUCAGAUGCUCCAAGACACAGCAAAGCAGAUCGACAAGAUCCCAGUCGUCCAACCAUCCCUACCACUCGACGUCGUCGCUCACAAUGCCACCGUGAUCCUAAGCGGUGUGCUACUGGGAGCACUGCUUGCGUUCGUCACUUCUCACCUGGGCUGGCUGCGCCACCAUGUCCGUCUAAACGAUCGGUUGGUCAACGCCAUCUUCCCACUAGGGCCGCAAGUCUUUUUCUUUACAUUACCGUUGUGGUUUAUUGUGGCAUUACGUCCCGCUGUGCGCUUUUCCGUGCUGAUAAUGGAAUACGCUACUGUGAUUUGUCAAUCAUUGAUGGCUUAUAUAUUCCCAGUUCCGGAGUACAAUGACAUUCUCGAGAGCAGUAUCAAAAUCCCGGCUCAAAUGACCAAGACAUGGACUAGUUGA